GAACGGUGGCGCUCGUGUAUUAUCCGCGCCAAUAGAUACAGCGACCUUCACUGGCUGUAUUCACUCGCUGAACAUCAGUGUGUAUCCUGCACAGUGGGGAUGUUACGAUAGAGCAGCAGGUUUUCCAAUAAAUAAACGUUUUAUUAUUUCAGGUUAUACGAUUAAAAUUUUGGCAAAGGUAUUAAAGUGAAGUUUUUCAAGUGUUUGUGAGGAAAAAACUCUCUCGGCCACUUGUCGGAUGUGAAUUCCUAGAGGAGUAAGCUUUCUCCGCACAUAUAUCUCGUGCAUUGUGCGGAAUUUCGUUUUGGCUUGCAACUGGGACAUUAGUUAUAAGGGAAGACGGUAAGGGCCAAAAAGACUCUGGACGAGAAACACAUACGUACACACACAGCACACAGACCACACACGCAACCAUACGGGAAGACGGUAAGGGCCAAAAAGACUCUGGACGAGAAACACAUACGUACACACACAGCACACAGACCACACACGCAACCAUACGACCGAUGAACGCCUGUUGACGCCUCGGAGACGUUACCACGUGACAUGAACAAUAUGGCGGUGCAGGGACGCGUGCAUGACCCGCUGUUCCAUUUCGAGACCCAUUUUCCGGAGCGGCUUUCCCGCCUCCACUUGACCCCAGACUACCCCACGGGCGGCGGCGGCGGCAGUGGCGGCUCACAUCCUGUCCAGCGGAAGAAGAAGUCGCGGGCCGCGCGGCAGGGCGUCCGCUAUAAGACACAGCCGGUUACCUUCGAUGAAAUACAGGAAGUAGAUGAAGAAAACAUAAAAGAGGAGGAUAAAACUGACGGUCACAGUGGAUUGAAGACGUCAUUUGCCGCCUUCUCAAAGUCAAUGGAUGGCCUUGUGUCAAAGGGCAAGCACCGGAUCUCGGACGAUACUAUUCACGAGUGUGUAGAGCCCGGUAACAAUAAUGAACCCAAACAGACUAAGCCUAAGAUUAUUCAGAUCGGGCGAGUGCAUUCGGAUUCACCCGAACUACGGCUCCGUAUUGAGGAAAACACAAAUAAAGAGAAUAAAGAAAACGAGCCGGAAAAUGGCGUCCCCCCGAGACCGGAGGGCGAUGUCACGCCGCUCGGUCUCCCGCCCACUGGACCGAACACAAGACGACAAAGAACGACCGCGAAGGCAAAGAAACGCCAACAGCAGGCGGGUAUCCCGGAUGAAGGGGAUAAGGGCACGUAGUGAUUGUGACGUCAUUUCCGGUUUCUAUGACAUCAUUGGAAUAUUAGUUCUUCAUUGUGUUUAUAAUUUGACAUGGAAACACUAGUGUGUGCGAGUUUUAAGGUGGAAGUUGAGAUUAUGCAAAAUUAGUGUUUUUGUCCAUGCUGUCAGCGAAUUCGUAGCUAAAAUAUUAUGUGCCUUAUAACGUGCAGUGCGUUUAUUUAAUUAUCGUAAUAGAAACAUAAUGUUGCCUUCAAUGUUGCAAAAUGCGACGUUACCUUGCGUGUGCAGAGGCCAUGAUUUUCAAAGACUCGAAGGAAACCUAUUAUGUUAGAAAUACGUUUAAGUGAUAUUAAUUUAUUGAUUGUAAAUAUUAAAAUUUAUUCAAGUUAUUUUACAGUUCAAGUUUUGGAUUUUAACUGACAGAUAUCUGGUUCUUAUACAUAUAUACAUGUAUAUUACAUUAAAUCUUAAACGAAGGCUAUGAUGGGAGUGGUCCAUUCUCGCAUAACGAACAGAAGAGUCUGCUACGAGUCUGUGAAAUUUAACUUUAUGUUUUGUCGGUUCUGGCUUUUACAAAGUCACCAGAUGGAAGUGAAAUCCUGUUAUUAUGUCAUGUGACCAAUCGGAUCAACUCGGUCGUUAUCCAACAUCUAUCACGAUGUUUGCCGGAGAUGGCCGAGUUGUUACGAUUGCCAUGAGACUUGUAGGAAUUAGUGGAAUUUGACCUAUAAGUUUGUGUUUUUCCUUAAUAUUUAUAUUACAAGUCGCUUCAUACAACGAUAUGCCAUGAAAUAUCUAUGACUUUUAGUACCUAAAGAAAAAAAGCAUUCUUUUAGGUCACAUGUCACUUUAUAAGUUGUAAAGGUCAUAUGACAAUUUGGAACUCCUUCGCCAUUUUUCAUCGAAAACAUCCUCGGAUGUAUAAGGGCGGUUUACUAUGUCUAAAAUCUUUACAUUAAAUACGCUGCAAGUAGAUCGCGUAGUAAUUUCAAUUUAGCAGUUGAACUUAAUGAAUUUAGUCUCGGGAAUGAAGAGUAUUUAUGCAAUAAUGCACUUCGCUGGCAAUCAAUUUAAACUUAGAUAUAUUAUACAAAAAAAAACAUGUUUAAACACUACAAUUAAUUUAUGUUAUUUAGAUAAAAAAAAUACGAUAUACUUUUACUGAUGUACCGACAAACAUUCGAGGUUGUUUUUAUGGAAAAUGGCCGAGGUAUUCCGAAUGGUCAUAUGACGGUACUAUAUAAAACUAGCAGGAUUUCAUUCCCUUCAUGUGACUCAGAUCUUGGAAACAUAUUUUUUUCCUAAUCACAGAAAAUCAACCAGGAGAUGUUUGAGACUUUACGUUAGGGUAUCUGGGAUGUAAAAUGCCAAUAUGUGCUUUGGACAGUGUGUUUUUUUUCAGUUUACAUAAAACAUACGCUUAAAUAUU